CUGCCUCCGAGGUCAAUCAACUCUUACAAAGAAAUGUCAUCUGCUUUUGCCACAAAGUUUUCCAAUAGAAGGUUGAUCAGGAAAACCACUUAUGAGCUGAUGCGAGUUAAGCAGAGGGACGGAGAGUCUUUGAAGAAUUUUAUGAGCAGAUUCAAUGAUGCAGUACUGGAGGUUAACUCUUUUGACCAAGCUGUGGGAAUUACAGCUGUGAUCUCAGGUCUUAGCCAUGAGAGAUUCCGAGAUAGUUUGCUCAAACGUCCUGCCAACACCUUUAGCGAGAUUAAGAAUAAAAUGGACUUACGACGUCCGGGCCCAAUGAGAACUGCUGCUGCUACCAAAGACCAUACUAGGUACUGUGAUUUUCAUCAAGAUCACGGUUAUACAACAGAGCAAUGCAAUAGUUUGAGGUCCGAGCUUGAAAGUCUGGCGCAGAAAGGAAUGUUGAAUGAGUAUAUCCAGAGAGUGGAACAGCCAAGGUUUGUUAGAGAACAAGGGCCACAGAAUCAAGGAGUUCGCAAUCCCCCAAACAGGCAAGGUGUGGGAUAUCAGCAGGCCCCACCACCACUCCCCCCACCAGCUAGAGUCAUACACAUGAUUACGGGAGGUCUGGAAGUAGGUGGACUGAGCUCUAAGCAGCGAAAGUUGUAUGUCAAAGAGCGUGUCCUUGUUGACUCAGGGAGUGCACCAGACAUCAUGUACUUCCAUUGUUUUGAGAGUCUUGGGUUAGAUCCAGCUCUGUGGCAGCGGUAUGAUGGUCCCAUCUACGGGUUCAACAACCAACCAGUUCCAGUUGAAGGAGUCUUCACCAUGAAUGUUGCAUUUGGAAGUGGCCGAAGUUAUGUGACCCUUUCCGUGAGGUUUUUAGUAGUCAAGGUGGCGUCCUCUUUCAACGCUGUCAUCGGCCGACCCACACUGACUGAAAUCCGAGCUGUGGGCAAGGCUCAGACACCCGAGAUUAAUCCCAAACGGAUUCCUGAUGAUCGGCAAGUCAUGGGUGUUGAGAUAGUAGAUAAUCGACCAGAAGAUGAAACCAGAGUUGCUCUAAUCGAAGAUGUGGAGGAGAAACCAGUAGCCCAAAAGCAACGCCUCUUCGAGGGGGAGAGGUUAAAGGUUAUUAAAGAAGAAGUCGAGAAACUCCUACAAGCCGGCUUUAUCAGAAGGGUAGAUUACUGUGAGUGGGUCGCCAAUCCGGUGUUGGUGAAAAAAGCAAACGGUAAAUGGCGGAUGUGCAUUGAUUACACUAACCUCAACGAUGCAUGUCCAAAGGACUGUUAUCCAAUGCCAAACAUUGAUAAACUGGUUGAGUCAGCUUCGGGAAAUGAGAGAUUAAGUCUCUUGGAUGCAUACUCAGGCUACCACCAGGUCCCAAUGGCUCUUGAGGAUGAAGAAAAAACCUCGUUCUAUACUGGCAAUGAGAUCUAUUGCUAUGUAAUGAUGCCCUUCGGCUUGAAGAACGCAGGUGCCACUUACCAGAAGAUGGUUACCAUCGUAUUCCGAGCUCAGAUAGGACGGAAUCUAGAAGUUUAUGUUGAUGAUAUAGUGAAUAGAAUAAGGUUAAACCUAGCCAAAUGCAUCUUUGGCGUGGAGUCUGGAAAAUUCCUGGGUUUCAUGGUUUCCCAAAGAGGGAUUGAGGUCAAUCCAGAGAAGAUCAGAGCAAUUGCCGAGAUGGAACCGCCGAAGUCAGUGAAGGAUAUACAGAGGUUGACUGGAAGGGUAGUAGCUCUUCAUCGGUUCAUAUCGAAGUCAGCAGAUAAGUGCCUACCGUUUUUCAAGAUUAUGAGCUCACCACCUCUACUGACUAAAGCCAAAGAUGGAGAAAUCCUCUAUUUAUAUCUGGGAAUUUCAGAUGAAGCCAUUAGUUCGGUUCUGGUAAGAGAAGAAGCCAAGCAGCAGAAACCAAUAUAUUAUAUCAGCAGUGUGCUGCAUGGGGUCGAGCUGAGGUAUCCUAUAGCUGAGAAAGCAGCCUUAGCAGUUGUCACUUUGGCCAGAAAGUUGAGGCCAUAUUUCCAGUCGCACCCGAUCAUUAUUCUUACAGACCAACCCCUUCGGCAGAUUCUGCAAAAGCCUGAGUGUUCUGGAAGAUUAGUUAAGUGGGCAAUAGAACUGGGGGAAUUUGAGAUAGCAUUUCAACAGAGAUUUGCAAUCCGAGCUCAGGCAUUGGUAGAUUUUAUUGUAGAGUGCACUCCAGGUAAUUCCAUUCCUACUCUGGAGCCCAAUGACUGGACUUUAUAUGUUGAUGGGGCAUCUAGUAGCAAAGGUUCAGGAGCUGGUGCUCUCUUGAUCGGCCCAGAUGGAUACCGAAGUGAACAUGCUUUGAAAUUUAACUUCGGUGCAACAAACAACAUGGCUGAGUAUGAAGCCCUGCUACUUGGUCUGCAACUAGCAUUGGAAUUAAAACUCAGUGUGAUCCAAGUAUACAGUGACUCCCAGCUGGUGGUGAACCAAAUUAACUCAAUCUGCGAAGUUGUUGAUCCUGUGAUGGUGAAAUAUGUAGCUCUGGUGGCCGAGCUAAAGUGCAAAUUCCAAAAAUUCUGUCUGAGCAAAAUCCCCCGAACUGAGAAUGAACAAGCAGAUUCACUCUCUAAAUUCCCAUCUGAUAGUUCUUCACAUUCCAGAUCGGUUUUUGUGGAGGUCUUAGAUGAACCAAGCUUCAUGAAGCCACGGGUAAUGGAGAUCAGCACCGACCCAGGCACAUCGAGCUGGACUGACCCAAUCCUCUCCUUCUUACGAGACGGGAUAGUACCUACGGACAGGCAAGAGGAAAUGAAGUUGAGGAGGAAAGCAUCUCGGGAGGUGCAUGAAGGUGUCUGUGGAAGUCACAUGGGUGCUCGAACUUUGGCUCAUAAAGUCCUCAGACAGGGUUAUUAUUGGCCCAACAUGUACAAGGAUGCCACUCAGUUCAUACAGAGGUGUCAGAAAUGUCAGUUCUUUGCACAUCUAAUCCACCAGCCUGCAGAAGAGCUCACUACGUUGAUGGCACCUUGGCCAUUCGCUCAAUGGGGUCUUGACCUUUUAGGCCCAUUUGUGAAGGGGGUAGGAUGUGUAACCCACCUCAUUGUUGGUGUAGAUUAUUUCACAAAAUGGGUUGAAGCUCGGGCAUUAUCCAGUCUCACCUCCAAGAAGGUCGAAGACUUUGUUUUCAGCUCGAUUAUUUGCAGAUAUGGGAUCCCGAAUCAGAUUAUAGCUGAUAAUGGAACUCAGUUCAAUUGCUCCUCAUUCCGAGAUUUCUGUUCUAGUUAUGGGAUUAAACUACAGUUCACCUCGGUUUACCAUCCGGAGUCCAACGGCAUGGUCGAAUCUGUUAACAAGUGCAUCUUAGAAGGUAUAAAGCCGAGGCUGGAACAACACAAGGCCAAAUGGGCAGACGAGCUUAACAACGUCCUCUGGGCAUACAAAACUACGAGUCGAACUGCCACAGGUGAAACACCCUAUCAUCUGGCCUUUGGUACUGAAGCAGUCAUUCCUAUCGAGAUAGGAGUCCCAAGCUUCAGGGUCACCCAUUUCAAUGAAGGGCAGAAUGGACAACUGCUUCGGGAGAACCUUGAUCUACUUGACGAAGUCAGAGAAGAAGCACGACUUCGAACUCUAGUCUACAAGCAGAAGUUAGCACCAAACUGGGAAGGCCCCUACACCGUAGCCGAAGUGCCACACCCAAGUGCUUAUAUCCUACAAGACACUGGGGGAAAAAGGGUUCCUAGAGUCUGGAAUGCCAAUAACUUGAAGAAAUUUUACCCUUAAUACACUUCUUUCCAGUCAACUUUGUUUUAACCACCAUUAUUCUGAUUGCUGUAUAUCAAAACUCAAUUCAUAUGAAUUUCACUUCACGUUCGAAGUAAUUCAGUUCUGUGAACUCUGCUAUGCGUUGGAAGUGGGUUU